UGUGUUUCCUCCGGCGGGAACACAUGUGGGGGUUAGGAGCUCUCUAGGUACUACCUGAGAUGUCUUAUCUCCCUACUCCACCUGUUUUUUUCUUGCCUCAGAGAGUCUGUUCUUCCCAUUCACUGGAUAGAGAGAGCCUUGUCCAUGGGCUCCUUCUCCCUCAUCGGUGCUCAGUGAGCCAGGGACUGCUCCUUGGCAAGGUAGAAGGCGCGGACAUCUUUUUUCCUGUCCGGGCAGCUGAACGCCGCUGCCAUCUUGGGAAGGUCAGUCAGGCUGCUUCCCCCGGAAGUGAGGUAACCGGAAGGGGCGGCAUCCUACGAGCGGGCGCAGGGCAUGGACGUCAUUUCCACCAGGAAGCGCUGAGGGAGGAACAGGUCUGGAGCCUUGUUGGCUGGUUCUGGUCCAGUGCAGUGGCGCUAGUAGAGUCCGGAACCGACAGUUUGCCCACCAGCAUCACCCUUCUGCCUCAACAUGGACGCAGGAUCCGCAGCGAGUGGAACAGGCACUGGCACCAGCAAGGCCCAGUUUACCCUUAUCUUGACAACAUGGCUCGAGAUAACCAUGGAAGUCCACAAGAGGAUGCUGCCUUGGUCAGCUUGUCUCCAAGUACCUCCAGCUCACCUCGACCUCCCCGUCCUGUCUCUGAUCUGCCAGAUGAACUUGUACAGGCUGGAUGGGAGAAGUGCUGGAGUAAAAGGGAGAGUCGUCCUUACUAUUUCAAUCGUUUUACCAAUCAGUCACUUUGGGAGAUGCCUGUCCUUGGCCAGCAUGAUGUCAUUUCUGAUCCUCUGGGCCUCAAUGCGGCACCAGUUCCUACUGAAGCAUGUAUGCCUACAACUCCUAAGGAAUCCAUGCCACGCAAGAGGAGGAUAUCUGAGGAAGCUCCUCCAGUCAUCGACAACACCAAGAAGAUUAAGAUUGAGUCUGUGCCCGCGACACCGGCUACCGUGCCCAGCUCCCCAGCCUGUCCAGGGCUUUCUUUGGAGGAGAAGUUUGCAAACAUGGUGAAGCCGACCGAUGUUUACUGGGAUUUGGACAUACAGAGUAAUGCAUCGGUUAAGUCCCCUCCACCCUCUCACCUAUUACCACUCCCUUCACAAGCUUUAGCUGUCCACCCUGAAGUGGAACUUCUACGGGCACAGCUUAUCCUGAAAUUACGACAACAUUACAGAGAACUCUGCCAACAAAGAGAGGGUAUUGAUCCACCCCGGGAAUCAUUUAAUCGCUGGUUGUUGGAACGGAAAGUAGUAGAUCGAGGACCUGACCCCCUUCUUCCCAGUGUUUGUGACCCAGUGGUGUCUCCAUCCAUGUUCAGGGAGAUUAUGAAUGAUGUCCCUAUAAGGUUAUCGCGUAUUAAGCAUCGGGAUGAAGCAAAACGUUUGCUGUUUAAAUAUGCCGAGGCUGCUAAGCGACUUAUUGAAUCUAGGCGAGCCUCUCCAGACAUUAGAAAAGUGGUGAAGUGGAACGUGGAAGACACAUUUAGCUGGCUGCGGAGAGACAACCUGGCUACAAAGGAGGAUUACAUGGACCGCUUGGAGCACUUACGAAGAGAAUGUGGCCCACACAUGGCAGCUGUGGCACGAGACUCGGUAGAAGGCAUAUGUAGCAAAAUCUAUCACUUCUCUCAGGAUUAUGUGAAGAGGAUUCAUGAGAAGCACUUGUCAUUGAUACGUGAAGCCAAUAUACCAGAGCCAGUCCCAGUUGCGCCCUGCCCAGACAAGGUGAUCUUCUGUCAUCCUGUGCGAUUGACUUCCCCAGCAUUGCCAUUCCAGGGAGGAGUGGAUGUGCAACAAGAUGGCAACGUGGUGUGUGUGAGGUACAAGGGGGAGUCCGUCAGAAUCAACCAGAGUUACUUCAGUAAAUUGUUCCAGCUUUAUCGCCUCAGUAGUACGGAUGACCCAGGGUCAGAAAAAUUCCUGCCUCGUGUAUGGUGUCUCCUGCGAAGAUAUCAGGUGAUGUUUGGGACAGCGCAGUAUGAGGGCUCCGGUCUACAAGGGGCACUUCCAGUCAGCGUUUUCCAGACUUUGCACAGAAUUUUUGGUGUCACGUCGGAGUGUUUCGCGUCACCUCUGAACUGUUAUUUCAAGCAGUACUGUUCCGCCUUUCCAGACACAGAUGGAUACUUUGGCUCCCGGGGGCCAUGUCUUAGUUUUUUCCCAGUCAGCGGUUCCUUUGAGGCAAACCCACCUUUCAGUGAGGAGUUAAUGGAUGCCAUGGUCACACAUUUUGAGAGUCUGCUAGAGAGUUCAGAUCAGCCCCUGUCUUUUAUUGUCUUUAUCCCUGAAUGGAGAGACCCCCCUACGCCGGCCCUCACUCGCAUGGAAGAAAGCCGCUUCAAACGUCACCAGGUGGUGCUCCCGGCCUUCCAGCACGAAUACCGCAGUGGCUCCCAGCAUGUGUGCAAGAGAGAUGAGCUGUACUACAAAGCAGUACACAACACAGCUGUGCUAUUUCUUCAGAAUGAGGCUGGAUUCCAGAAGUGGACCCCCAGCGCAGAGCGUGUACAAGAGCUGUGCACAGCAUAUAAGCACUCCACAAGGCUGUCCAACUCCUCGGCGGUCACAGAGAAAGAGCCCCCCCAGGAGGAAGGCACAAGCAAGGACAAGUGUGAAUAACUAGAGACACAGUUUUGUAGCAGACUUUUCCCAGUUCCAUGGGUAAGAUGCCCUAAUCAGUAGGGCACAGCAUAAUUCUCCAGUGCUAUAGGACCUGCUCAGAGGUAAAACGCAGUACUCCUGCAUACUGUAUGGCAGACUAUGGGGAUACUGCAGUGAGAGAGGACAAGUUGUGGUCAUACAUUACUCAGCUUAGAGAUUGUUUUUGUAUUUUCUCAGUUUUAAAGAGCGGAGUGACCCUUUUAUCCUCCUUGAAUGCAUUUUCUUAGUCUGAACAGUAUUAAAUGGUGGGUGCUGAUGGUGUAUCCAGUUACCAUACCUGCGUUUCCUGCCUUUAUCGGGAAACGAGGUCCUCAGCGAACUACCGCGUGAAUGUGGGGAGGCCAUACUAGCCUAUGUGAAGAUUAUGGAGAGAAAAAACGUUCCUGCAUUUGAUAAUGUGUGUGGUGCACUACUCCUGUGUAUGAAGUUGUGUAUAUAGACACUACUCAUUACUAAGGGGAUAUCUCUAGCUUUCCCAUGUAUAUAGUUCUGUGUAUCUGCUUUCUGCAGUAUCUCUGUGUUGUGUUCCUUCUGGGGGGAAAUGUAGAGUUCUGCAUGUUUUACUCUCCUCCUCCUCCUCCUCCUCCUCCUCGUGUGUGUGGUUUUCUGGUAUUGUGAUUGAUGCACGUUGUUUCUGUGCUAAUUAUUCCUUGUAAUUAAUUUAAUGUCUAACUGUUUUAUUACUUAUAUCAAACAGUAAAAGUUUAUUUUUGA